ACAGAGUAAGUGAGAUGGUUAAAAUCAGCAGUGAUAUUUUGGGAAAGUGAAAAUGCAACGGUUGUUAUUUUUCGUUGAGGGUUGAUUCAGUUAAGUUUAUUUGUGGGAUGUUGCCUGUUUUAAGGGUAAAUAAAGUCGUCGAUUCGAAGCAGAAUAAGACGGCGUGUUUUGUUUGUAUUACGUUGCGACAAUGGGCGAUUUUAUUUUCGAUUUUGAUUUUUAUUAUUAUGGCGAUUAUAACAACUUGUACCGUUUUGGGAACUUUACAUACCAAACAAUUGCUGCAUCUUCUUGAAGACGAUAUUGAAGAAGAAAGGGAUAAACAUCGGUGGGAUGAGGAGAAAUCAAUCAGUUCUAAUGAAGCGCGAUUGCAACAUUCGCAAGAUAUUGUUUUGACUUUUAGCAAAAUUCUUUCAAUCUGCAUGUGGUUGGCAUGGCUUAAUCUUGUCUUCGCCGCCAUCUUGAUCUAUGGCGUGACCACAAUGACUUCCGUCUACAUCUUGCCUUGGAUUCUCAUCAGUGGCACUACUUAUCUGUUAGCGAUCACAACUGUGAUUAUGGCAUAUCUCAGCUUAAUCCCAGGAUUAUACAUCAGUUACUCGGUUUUACUGGUGUGUCUGGCCGGCUCUCUCAUCUUCAUUGAAAUGUGGUAUACCAUCGUAUUGUAUUACGUAAGUUUGGGUCGAGCUCGCUGCUCAAGAUAUGGUUCCUUGUCUCCGACCGUGAUUCAUGCUUAUGGGGGCUAUACUCACACCAUUCAACCUAUGAAUAACGACCCGAACAAACCUUUAGUAUAAAGACUUUUUUUAUAUAAUCAACCGUCAAAGAAGCGUCAGGAUGGCAUUACUGCAAAGAGUGUUUUUUAUUUAGAAUUGAGGUUGGUACCAUUAGUACAAAAUCUUGACACACAUGACAGUUGAUUAUAAAAAAUGAAUUAUAAUGUUUCCCAAAAUUAUAUCGAUUUUUGAUGUUAGACGGCGACGCUCGCCACUGCUUCGUAGAAAGUCCAGAUUAGAAAAACAAUGACAAUAAUAAUGAGACCUAAGCACUCAUUAUUAGCCAUUUGUGAUAUUGUAAGUGAGUUUCACAAUCAUUUUCUUCCUCCUAUACUGUUGUAUUGAAUUGAUUGUGUCUUAUAUGAAACUUGCACAAAUGUGGCGCUAUUUUUCUGUGAAUUUCCAUAGACAUGUACUGAAUAAAGUUUAUGUGAUUUA